AAAUAAAUUAAUAAACUCCUACCCCCAACAUCUUUAAAAAUAAAAAAAAGUAACAACCAUCUACAGGAAAAAAAAAAUCUAAAAAAUAUAUGCAAGAUCGUAACGUGGAAAUCUACAAAAACACCACUGAAAGAAACUGAAGACGACCUAAUUAUGCCAUGUCCACGGAUUGGAAGACUCAAACUGCAACACAAGUCAAUCCUGGACAGGCUGCUCCCACUGUAGACAAGGAAACACAUGGACCACGAAGAGCCUGGAAGCUCUUGCAGACAGAGGAGGAUCUGCUCUGCCUCCAUGGUUCAGGGGGAGCCCAGAAAGGGCCAGGCUAUGCAGCCCCUGACCACGUCAAGGGUGGCGUCCAGGAGUGAGGAGGGAAGGAAAGCCACUGCACUAAAUGUGGGGAGGCGAUCAUAACCCACCAAAAAGAAUGAAACUUGAGCAUCACCUGACUCUUAGGAAGUGAAAGGGUGGCCCAAAGACGUCACAAAGAAAGGUAGGGCAGUGACGCAUUCACACAGUAUUUUAAGAGAAUACACUCAAGUCCAUGUGCUGAACGGGACCUGAAAUCAUGAUACAUACAUCAGCCUAGAUAAAAAAAACUUUUUUUGCAGUUUUUCCAUUUAAGGAACACCUUAUGAGACCAUGUUAAAAUUAAGAACUCUCACCAGAAUCACAAUGAAGAGAAUGGAGGCAAACCACAGUGCAGAAGACAACACUGGCCACACAUACCUAACAAGGGGCUUGCAUCCAGCAUACAGUUUUAAAAAAAACAUAAGUCACACUGACAGCAAAAGACUUAAACAUGUACUUUACAGAAAAGGACAAUCCACUGGCCAAUGAACCUCCCUAUGAACAGCUGCCAUCACUAGUGACUGAAGAAACACAGGACAAUGAAAGCCACUGUCCCCCCACCUUCAGGGCUGAGAAGACAGGGUGGGGGCGGUGUUGAGGGCACCCCUAUUGGCUCCAGGAAGGUGUGACCCCUAACUACCCAGAAAGGGGUUGGCCUUACCUGCAAGGAUGACACAGGCUGGUCCCAGCGGGUCCACUCAGGACCACAGGAACGCACAAGGGCCCCACAGGGUCGCAGCACCACGACAGGAAGGAGGGAAGGGAUGCUAUGACUUGGCACACGAGUGGCCGGGCCUGGGGCUUCUGUACAACACCAUUUCCACGAAGACCAGAAACCAGACUCCUCGGGGGAACCCUCAGGGGGUGAACUGUAAAGAGAGGCCAGGGCAGUAGUCAGCCUGGGUCAGGACUGGCUGCUUUGGGGGAGCAGGGACAGAGCUGGCCCCGGGCGGCCAGAAUAGAGGUCUUUUCUGCUCAGCAGGCUGAACACCAGUGUUACCGCAGGACUCGAGAAAGGUUUACAGAUACCUAACCUGCCUGCCACAGUCCCGAUAAGGGUUCUCUGCCACACAAGCUCGACUGGGGAUUUACAGGAAGUUUCCAGCCCCAACCCUCCAAGUGUGAGGAGACAGGAAUGCUAACCCUCCUUCCAGUCCACGUGCGUCUGGCCCGCAUGCGGGGAGCUUCCCAGUGAAGAGGCCCCAUGGCCCCGGACUCCUGCUGAGUCCGCACUUUCUACUGUGUAAAUGUAUGUUUACCGUGUAAAUUUCUGGGUGUGGACUUUCUCCCUGCAGAUCUAUAAUUUCUCAGAAGAGAAGCUGAGAAACGACCUGGAAAAAAAUCAAAGCUCAAUAAAGGGAGGAAGACAAAGCCGCCCCUCAGCACUGCUGCAGGAUGAGCUGGGGAGGGGGCGCCACGAGGCUGGGGGCGGGCCUGGCCUCCAGCCUCUCCUGGGCCUGGACAGCUCCUACCUCACUUCUCUCCUCACCCAUGCACCUUUCAGGAGGCAGACGUGACUUCCUCCUCUGCCUCACCAAGAGGUUCAAGAGUCUCCUAAAGCUUGACAAGCCUUGCCCUCCCCAGACUCAGUUUUGCCUUUUUCAAUGCCUUCUGGCCCCUUCCGAGCACAGGCCUCCCCGCCCCAGGCAGAGCAGAGGGACUGGUGGGCAGGCACGGCUGGCAGCCAGAGGGAGGGUCCUCAGUAAAGGAGGGAGGGGUGGCUGGAGGGCAGCAUGGUACCUGGCAGCCUGGGGUAGAUGUGGUCAGAUCUGGAAGAGCAGAGCCCAGGGCUCCCCAGGUGGAGGGGAGGAUGGUGCCCUGAAUCAAGCAGCCACACCCCUUCUUACCAUGUCUGACCUGUGGCUGACCUCAGGCCGGGCACUGGGUACCUGUCCCAGGGCCUGUGCAGUGCAGGGUGGCCAUGGCCCCAAAGGAGCCCUGAAGGGCAGGAUGGGGCCCACUGCUGGUGGGGGCUGGUCUCACAGCCACAAGACCUCGCCCCCGAGGCCAGCCAUCCCCCACUCUCUUCCUGGGAGGACAUUGUUGGGGAAAACAAACACAAAGUGGCCAGGCCCCUGCCAAGCAUUCCUAGAAGAGGCUAGGGGGAGGGGCAGUGGCCAGACAGCAGCUGACCCUGAGGUCACGGGAGAAGCCAAGGCUGGGCCAGGCCCCUGGGAGCUUGAACAAGGACCCCACCCAGGCAGUUAGGAAAUGGGGAGGAGGGGGGAGUGGUCAGCAUGCGGGGGGUAGAUGGGCAGGCCCAUUUGGAGAUGUGUGGUUCCUGCUUAACUCCCACAUGGCCAUCUGCUGGGAGGGAAGACCCUAGGAGCCCCCUGAGGGGCCCCUACCCACAGGCAGGGCAGCCGGCUGAGCACCAGCUCCUCACAGGCUGCUCCAAGGGAGACCCCCGCCCAGCAUUGCCUGCAGCCCCAGCUCUGCUCCACCCAGCCCUGCAGGGGGAUGGGAAGAUGAGGGGGUUGGGAAGAUGGGGGUAUGGGCCCCUGUUGUCCCUUAGAGCUGCACCCCGGGCCACCUUGCACCCUGAAGAUGCGUCAGGGCAGAUGCAGCCCCCAGCCUGUCCCCUGUGCCAUCCGCACCCUGGGCCCCAGUGCUGAUGCUGGCAGCCCGGCAGGAGGGGGUUAAUGGAGCUGGGGCCAGCAGGCUGGGCUGGCCAGUGACAAGGGUGCUGGCUGUCCCAGAGGCAGUGGGGAAAUCCAGAGGGCAGGAGCAGCCGGUCCCAACAGACGCGCCCCGCUCCCUGCCCGCCUGCGGACUGCUCUGCACGAGGGAUGGCCCUGAGGAGAGGAGGCCCGGCCCUGGUGGUGCUGCUGGUCUCCUGGGCAGUGCUGGGCUCCCACAGCCUGGAGGAAGUGGAGUCCGCGGCACCAGCAGACCCUGAGGGCCCCCAGUGCCCAGCCGUCUGCUCCUGCGGCCACGGCGACUACACGGAUGAGCUCAGCGUCUUCUGCAGCUCUCGGAACCUCACGCGGCUGCCCAGCGGCAUCCCGGACGGCACCAGGGCCCUGUGGCUGGAUGGAAACAACUUCUCCUUCAUUCCCGCGGCCACCUUCCGGAACCUCUCCAGCCUGGGCUUCCUCAACCUGCAGGGCAGCGGGCUGGCCAGCCUGGAGCCGCAGGCGCUGCUGGGCCUGCAGAACCUGUACCACCUGCACCUGGAGCGGAACCAGCUGCGCAGCCUGGCAGCCCGCACCUUCCUGCACACGCCGGGCCUGGCCUCGCUCGGCCUCAACAACAACCUGCUCAGCCGGGUAGACGAGGGCCUCUUCAGGGGCCUUGCCCACCUCUGGGACCUCAACCUGGGCUGGAACAGCCUGGCCGUGCUGCCUGACACUGCGUUCCAGGACCUGGCCAGCCUACGCGAGCUGGUGCUGGCGGGCAACAAGCUGGCCUACUUGCAGCCCGCGCUCUUCUGCGGCCUCAGUGAGCUCCGCGAGCUGGACCUGAGCAGGAAUGCCCUGCGGAGCGUCAAAGCCAAUGUCUUUGUCAAGUUGCCCAAGCUCCAGAAGCUCUACCUGGACCACAACCUCAUCACCGCUGUGGCCCCAGGUGCCUUCUUGGGCAUGAAGGCGCUGCGCUGGCUGGACCUGUCACACAACCGCGUGGGUGGCCUCCUGGAGGACACCUUCCCGGGGCUGCUGGGCCUGCACGUUCUGCGCCUCUCACACAAUGCCAUCGCUGGCUUACGGCCCCGGACCUUCAAGGACCUUCACUUCCUGGAGGAGCUGCAGCUUGGCUACAACCGUAUCCGGCAGCUGCCGGAAGAGGCCUUCGAGGGCCUGGACCAGCUGGAGGUGCUGGCGCUCAACAACAACCAGCUCCAGGAGCUCAAGGCAGGCGUCUUCCUGGGCCUCUACAACCUGGCCGUCAUGAACCUCUCUGGCAACUGUCUGAGGAACCUUCCAGAGCAGGCGUUCCAGGGCCUGGGCAAGCUGCACAGCCUGCACCUGGAGGGCAGCUGCCUGGGCUGCCUCGGCCCACACACCUUCACCGGCCUCUCGGGGCUGCGCCGGCUCUUCCUCAAGGACAACGGCAUUGCGGCCAUCGAUGAGCAGAGCCUGGGGGGGCUGGCCGAGCUGCUGGAGCUGGACCUCACCUCCAACCAGCUCACGCACCUGCCUGGCCAGCUCUUCCAGGGCCUCAGCCACCUGGAGUACCUCCUCCUCUCCCGCAACCGGCUGUCUGCACUAUCGGUGGAUGCCCUGGGGCCCCUGCAGCGCAUCUUCUGGCUGGACGUGUCGCACAACCGCCUGGAGGCGCUGCCUGAGACUGUGCUCGCGCCACUGGGGCAGCUGCGCUACCUCAGCCUCCGGAACAACUCGCUGCGGACCUUCGUGCCGCAGCCCCCCGGCCUGGAGCGCCUGUGGCUCGAGGGCAACCCCUGGGACUGCAGCUGCCCCCUCAAGGCCCUGAGGGCCUUCACCCUGCAGCACCCGGGCGUUGUGCCCCGCUUCGUCCAGGCCAUGGCAGAGGGAGAUGACGACCACCAGCCCGCAUACACCUACAACAACAUCACCUGCGCCAGCCCCCCCAGCAUAUCGGGCCUUGACCUGCGCGACGUCGGCGAGGCCCACUUUGCCCACUGCUGACCCGAGGCUGCCCUGCGGUCUGGACGGGCUCUUGCCACCCCAGGGGACAUGGACCUGGGACCUGUGGGCCCCAGCCUGGUUCCUGAGGGCCUGACCGGGAGGGUUGGGGACACAGCCUCCCCAACUAUCAAUUAAAAGCAACCCAGUAAAUGUGGCCAUAUAUGAGGUUGUGCGGGGAGCUCAGGGAGGGAGGAGUGCUGGCUGGGCUGCGGGCCCCUCUACGCCAUGCCUGCCCCACCUCUGGCUGCCUUGGUCCCACAUGCCCGUCCACAACCCUUCCUGUCCUGUGCCCAGACAAUUCUCGUCCACUAGUCCCCAGGCCCCAUCCCCACCUGAGGAGCGGCGGGCACUUACUCAGGUCCUCCAGGAACCUCGGCAUCUCAGCCCCCUCGCUGGGCAGCGUCCUUGGAGGUGGCCUGGUCCUGGGAAGCUGGGGCCCAGCUGCUCCUGCUGAGGCCAGCCUGGGGCCAGAGGGGGUGCAGACCCUCACUCUCCAGGUCCCUGUGCUCCUGGCCAAACCCCUCAACAGUUCUGCCCCUGCUCCCCCAACCCCCACAAGAAAUAUCCAUCCUU